UUGCCUCCGUGUGUCCCUUUUCCCAGUUGCUCUUUGGCGUGAAGCGAGAGUGUUUCCGUUGCGGCUGCCAACUGUUGCAAGGCGUGGAAGAAGGAGUAGAAGAAGGAGUAGGAGUAGGAGUGCCUUUACUUAAUUUAAAAAUUCAAGCGUAAUUUUGUCAUUUUCGAAAGAAAGCCAAUUUAUAGAUCACAUCACGGGACUUGGAUCACCUUAACUGAUAAUUCUACAAAAAGGAUCUCCUCCAUAUAAAACAACUGAGAUUCCAAGGACAAGCCAUGACCAACUCCAAGCGAAAGCAAUCCACGAAAACGUCCAGUUCCACGGAUAUCGCCCCCACAGACGAUGUUCAUCAGGUUACAGCACAGUCUACAGGCAUGGGCAACCUCUUCAGAGAGUGCCUCGGUCAUGAGCCGAGCAACUUCAGCAGUCUAACCAAAUUCACCGCGUGGCUGCACCAUCCUGUGGAUGGGGCCGCCCUGGGUAUCUUCCGGCUGCUCUUUGGAGUCGCCAUGCUGGUGGACAUUGCCGAGGAGCGGGGCGGUGGCCAGCUGGAUGUGCGCUUUGGCGAGCCCCACCACUGCCACUUCCCGCUGUUCAACGGGAUGCGGGCCCUGGCCUACCCGCUGAUGGGAUGCGUCUACCUGUGCAUGUGGCUGGGGGCGUGGGGCAUAAUGCUGGGCUAUCGGUUUCGUUCCAGCUGCCUGACCUUCAUAGUCCCCUACUGGUACAUCUUUCUGCUGGACAAGCCGACCUGGAACAACCACAGCUACCUGUUCGGGCUGGUGGGCACGCUGCUGCUGUUUACCCAGGCUGAUAGCUACUGUUCGCUGGAGAGUUGGCUGAACCCUGGGAGGAGUCGGAGUCGGAGUCGGAGUCGGACCGUUCCCUACUGGAACUACUUUCUGAUCAAGUUUCAGUUCUUCGUUCUGUACAUGUACGCCGGCCUGAAGAAGAUCUCAACGGAGUGGCUCUCCGGCUAUGCCAUGAGCAAUCUCAGCCAGCACUGGGUGUUUUCUCCCUUCCGCCAGAUGCUGGAUCCGGAGCUGAUCGAUCUGCUGAUUGUGCACUGGUUUACGGCCUUCUUUGAUGUCUCCAUUGCCUUCUUCAUGACCGUCGAAAAGACGCGGCUGCUGGUCACUCCAUUCAUGAUCAGUUUCCACCUGAUGAACUCCCGCCUGUUCGUCAUAGGCAUGUUUCCCUGGGUAUGCCUGGCCGAAGUUCCUCUGUUUUUUGGCUUCGACUGGCCAAGGAGGAUACGCGGCACGGCAAAGAUUGCCCCAUCCGAAGAGGCAUCCCCAGCCAGGUCAUCCCUUCUGGCCAGGCUGCGGACAUGCCUUAUACUCGGCUACUGCGGACUCCAGCUCUUCCUCCCGUACUCGCACUUCAUCACCAAGGGAUACAACAACUGGACCAAUGGUCUGUACGGGUACUCCUGGGACAUGAUGGUGCACUCGUUCGACACCUUGCAGACCUCCAUCCAGGUCGUGGACAACGACAACCAGCAGGUGCACAAUCUCAAUCCGUUCGCCUUCACCGAGUACGAGCGCUGGACGAAGUACGCGGACAUGGCGGUGCAGUAUGCCAAGUGCAUCGAGGAGAACAUACAGAACCAGCAGGUCAGGGGCCGUCCGUCGAUUGGAAGAAACAUUUCCAUUUACUUUGACAUCUGGUGCUCUAUGAACGGCCGGUUCCAGCAGCGCUCCUUCGAUCCACGCGUGGACUUGCUAAGGGCGCCGUGGUCGCCCUUUGAGAGCACGUCGUGGUCCCUGCCGCUGCUUAAUGAGCUUACCCAUAUGCGUCCCAAGCUGCGGACGAUCGAGAACGAGGUCCUGGCCUGGAAUAACUACUCCGACGUUAUAUUUGUGGCCGACUUUCCGGGCCUGACGCUGAUCAACUUCAUUUCGCCCGAUCUCAUCAACUGCACCCUGACGAUCCUCGAGGGAAAUGUGCGCUACAAGAGCGGCAUUGAGCAGGAGUCGUAUUUCCUUACCGCCGGCAAGAGCAUAGGCCUGGGGAGCAACAUCACCCACUUCGUGACCACAAUUGGGCAGAAGCCCGCCUCCUAUUUGUUCACGUACACCAACAAAACCAUGUUGGAGCAGGAUAUCUCAAUCGAGGAGACUGCUGCAGAGGCGAAGCGUCCCCUACUGCCGCUGUGGAAGGAGUUCGAGCAGCGCGUGACCAACUACAAGCAGUUCCUCGGACACAUUGGGAACUGUGUGCUCUACCUGCUGUACGAUGUGCCCAUUCCGCUGGCCGUGCGGGAGAGAGAUUAAGAUUGAAGCAGCCCCAGUGCUCUGCGCGCUGCGUAAGCGAUCCUUGCCUACUCGUAGCCCUAAGUGUGACUAAUUGUAUGGGUGAUAAAACUGAUAAUAAAUGUUCCAUAUUAUACCACAGA